UCAGUUCCAGGGAGGCGUGUGGUCCCUCAGCAUGGUGCUGUGCGACGCCCUGAUGACCAUGGAUGUGAUGCUGUGCACAGCCUCCAUCUUCAACCUGUGUGCUAUCAGCGUGGAUCGGUUUAUCGCUGUUUCAAUCCCACUCAACUACAACCGGCGACAGAUCGACCUGCGGCAGUUGAUCCUUAUAUCCACCACCUGGAUAUUCGCCUUUGCUGUAGCAUCUCCAGUCAUAUUUGGCCUCAAUAACGUCCCAAACCGAGACCCCAACUUGUGCCAGCUGGAGGAUGACAACUACAUCGUGUACUCUUCCAUCUGCUCUUUCUUCAUCCCGUGCCCCGUCAUGCUGGUGCUCUACUGCGCCAUGUUCCACGGACUCAAGCGCUGGGAAGAAGCCAGGAAGGCCAAGCUGAGGGGCUGCAUCUACGGGGUCAACAGGAGGCUCUAUCACCCCUCAGCCUUCCUGGAGAGAGAGCAGAGCCGGAUGGGGCCACUGGAGUGCAGCCCUUACAUCCGUGCUGGGCUCCCUGGGGACUGUGGGCUGAACAGUGGGAUCCAGACUGUGUCCUACCCACACCUGAGGUACCCACAGCCAGGGCACGGGCGGAAACGCGCCAAGAUCAACGGGCGGGAGCGGAAGGCCAUGCGGGUGCUGCCUGUUGUUGUUGGUGCUUUCCUCUUCUGCUGGACACCUUUCUUUGUGGUGCACAUCACCAGGGCUCUCUGCAAGUCCUGCACCAUCCCCACCCAAGUCACCAGCACUGUCACUUGGCUGGGCUACGUCAACAGUGCCCUCAACCCCAUCAUCUACACCGUGUUCAAUGCUGAGUUCAGGAACUUCUUCCGCAGAGUCUUGCACCUCUUCUGCUGAGCCCUCCAGAGCCAGUGGGGAGGAGGAACUACCAGGGAGGAGGAGCCGCUGGGUGGGUUUUUUUGUAUGGUUCAUUAAAGAUCUAUUUCUGCCU